AUAUCUGGAUCGAUGGUGAUGGUGAACUUCGUAGUAAAACUACCGUUCACCUGCUCCAAAAAGAUCACCGACAUCAAGGAACUCAAGGAGUGGAACUUCGACGGUAGCUCUACCAACCAAGCUCCAGGCCAUGACAGUGAUAUUUACUUACGCCCUGCCGCUUUCUUUAGAGAUCCUUUCCGCGGAGGUGACAACAUCUUGGUUAUUGCAGAAUGCUACAACAGCGAUGGCACUCCAAACAAGACCAACUACCGUCACUACGCCAAGAAGGCCAUGGACCUCGUCAAGGACGAAGACCCAUGGUUCGGUAUUGAACAAGAGUACACUCUUUUCGGUGCUGAUGGCGCUCCAUACGGUUGGCCAAAGGGUGGUUACCCAGCUCCACAAGGUCCAUACUACUGUGGUGUUGGUGCCGGUAAGGUCUUUGCUCGUGAUCUCGUAGAAGCACACUACCGUGCUUGCUUGUACGCUGGUAUCAACAUCUCUGGUAUCAACGCUGAGGUCAUGCCAUCACAAUGGGAAUUCCAAGUCGGACCAUGCGCUGGUAUUGACAUGGGUGACCAUCUUACUCUCGCUCGUUUCUUGCUUGCUAGAAUCGCCGAAGAUUGGGGUAUUUCUAUCUCACUCCAUCCAAAACCAUUCACUUCUGGUGAAUGGAACGGCGCAGGCUGCCACACGAACUAUUCCACAUCCAAGACUCGCGCUCCUGGCGUUGGUCUCCAAGCUAUCGAAGAAAUGAUUAAGAAGCUUGAGAGCAAACAUGCUGAACACAUCGAAGCAUACGGUGAUGACAACGAGCUCCGUCUCACCGGUAAGCACGAAACCGGUAACAUUGCCGACUUCUCUUCCGGUGUUGCCAACCGUGGCUGCUCUAUCCGUAUUCCUCGUCAUGUUGCCCACCAAGGAUAUGGUUACUUCGAGGACCGUCGCCCAGCUUCAAACAUUGACCCAUAGCCGUGUCACUGGUCUCAUUGUUAACACCACUUUGAUCAACUAAAGUGGUUCAAUCAAUGAAUGAAUGAAUAAGCUGAGCACAGCGAUUUCACUGUUUUCUUCUGUUAUCAUUUUUCUCACUCGCUUGUCAAUAUAACAAAUUGAAUUAAAUAAAUAACG